AUGAUAUCCUUCCCUCCUACCUCAUGGCAGUCCUCACUCAUCCAAAAGACAACUUCUCGACGCCCAAGGGACGACGCAGACCAGUCUCACGGACGCGCAGCAACAGCCAUAACUCCUCGCCUCUAUCUCACCGAUUACCACACCGCUCGCACACCAGACAACCUCGCACGCCUCGGCAUCACACACGUCGUAUCUGCCAUCGAAUUUGAUAUCACGGGAGUAUUUCCACCGCACAUCCAGGUCCUCCACGUUCCCGUGCACGACUCGGUCGGAGAGCAUAUUUGCAGAUGGUUCGAUCCCGUCGUGGAGUUUAUCAAGGAAGCGCUAGAUAAAGAAGACGCGAAAGUCUUGGUCCACUGUUUCCAGGGCAUCUCGAGAUCACCAAUCUUGAUUUGUGCUUAUCUCGUCGCAACAACACCAAUGCACGCUUUGGAGUCCAUUAAGCAUGUCCAAGCAAAGCGUGGAAUAGUUGCGCCAAACAUUGGGUUUUGCAGACAACUU